AUGGAGACAAAACCUCGUCUCAGGGUAGCAUUCUUACAUCCUGACUUGGGCAUAGGUGGUGCCGAAAGACUAGUAGUUGAUGCAGCCACAGGAAUCCAGUCAAAGGGUCAUCACACAGUUAUUUAUACUAGUCAUCAUGACCCCAAACACUGCUUUGAGGAAACGCGUGAUGGUACUCUUCGUGUGUCUGUUCACGGCAAUAGUUUACCCCGGAGUAUAUUUGGCCGUUUCUAUAUAGUGUGCGCCAUAUUACGCCAAUUGGUCCUGACAUUAUAUAUCUUACUCUGGGAGAAGGAUUCUUAUGAUGUUAUGGUGGUAGAUCAAUUGAGUGCUUGUCUCCCACUUUUGACCUGGUUUAGUAGUGCAAAAAUCAUGUUCUAUUGUCAUUUCCCUGACAAGUUACUUACAAGCCGAGAAUCUACACUUAAACAGCUGUACCGAGUUCCUUUGGAUAAGCUUGAGGAGUGGACGACAGGCAUGGCAGACACAGUAGUUGUAAACAGUGGAUUUACAGCUGGCAUCUUUAGACGAUCUUUCCCCUCGAUAUUCAAAACACCCCGUAUACUCUACCCUCCUAUCAACACCCAGGCGUAUGAUCGUGCUGUAGAUACCAGUGAUCCUUCGGUCCAGCUACUGGAAACAAACCACAAAAUCAUCCUAUCUAUUAAUCGAUUUGAACGCAAGAAAAAUGUUGAACUUGCCCUUCGUGCCUUUGCUGCUCUGAAAACAGAUAGCCUCAUCGAUCCAACUACAUUUGGAACAUAUCGUUUGGUCUUAGCAGGUGGGUAUGAUCGUCGUGUGGCCGAGAACGUAGAAUAUUUGGAAAGUCUCAAUGAUCUUGCAACACAAUUCGGCCUAAAGACAUUUGUUAUCCACCCUUCUUCUGAUCAAAAGCCUCCAGAAGAUGCUCAGGUGGUAUUUGUGUGUUCUUUUAAUGAUGCCCAGCGAACCUAUUUACUGGCCAAUGCCUUGAUGUUGCUUUAUACGCCUUCAAAUGAGCAUUUUGGAAUCACACCUGUUGAAGGCAUGUAUUGUUCUGUGCCUGUCAUUGCCUGUAAUAAUGGAGGUCCCCUGGAAUCUGUCAAGGAUACCCUGACAGGUCUCUUGAUUCCUCCCACACCAGAACUGUGGGCCAAUGGAAUUAGGGACCUGAUAACAGAAAAGUAUGAUGUCAAGGCCAUGGGAGAGGCUGGCCGUCGACAUGUCUUGGACACAUUUUCCCUCGAGGCCUUUGCAGAUCAGCUCGAAGACAUUCUCGAAGAACUGGUGACUGGAGGUCGAGUAACCCAUCAUCGCUAUGAUAAUGUGGAAUAUGGAGUCCGAGUGUUUGUAGCAGCAUUAUUGGUUUACAUCUGGUACAGCAUGUUUUAGAAAAUGUUUAUAGAAUAAUAAAUAAUAAAAAUAAAUAAAUAAUAAAAUAAAAUAAAAAGAGGGAGGGGUAUUUAAAGAACUAAGCUAUAACGGUAGGAUAUAUUAAAGAACAAUAAGAAAAAUUGUAAUAAAGAAGGUCGAGAU